UCGGUGUUGUGGAUUUUCUGUAACCGAAACAAAAGAAUUAAAUUAAUUUAAAAUCACUAAAAAUGAGUUUAUUAAGUGCUGUGUUACAAGAAGCUGACAAUGCUACAAGUGAGGAGUUGAAAAAGCAUUGUGAUGCGCUUGUCCCUGUAGUAAAAGAACUGACGGAAAGGAUCCAACUGUUAUCGUUCGCUUUACAACAAUAUUUUACUGAUACCUACAUCAAUUUUACUCUAACCAAGAGCUUAGAGCAGUUAAACUAUAAAAACAGAAGAGCUAAUAUUAUAAAGGAUUACACUGCCAUAAUCCACGAUGUUGAAAAUAUGCGCACUAACUACGGUAUGAAAGGUGAGGAGUUCAUCAAAAGUUGUGAUAAACUAAACAAGGAUUUUAAACUUCUCAAAGAUUUGUGCAUCGUUGUUGAAAGCAAGAAGAUUCUAGAAAAGGCAAACCAUGAUUUUGGUAGGUACAACUAUAGUGAUGCCAUGCUAAGCAUUAGAGAGCUACAGAACCAACUGAAAACCUUAAAAUUUGGAGAUAAACUACAAGAAGGACUCAAAAACUUGAAAGCCCAAGCUGAAAACCAAUUAGCCUUAUAUGCAGCGCAACUGAGCACAGAAUGGGAAGAAAUCUUCCAGUGGACAGAGAAAAAGAAUGUAUACUACCUUACUUACUCUCUGUCUGUCCAACAAAGUGACCCAACUUUAAUUCAAAAAAUACUGAAAACCCUGUAUUCUAUUGAAAGGUUGAAUGCAGAACUUGGUUUGUUUUCUCACUUUUUUAUAGAUCAACUUUUACAUAAUGUUAUCAGAUAUAACUGUGAAAUAUUUACCGAAGAUGACAUUGGUGCUAUAGUGUUCAACAUUAAAAUAGAUUUAAAUGAUCCCAAGAAGCCAAAUUAUCAGUCAAUUUUCAAUAAUUUAACUGCAAUCUUUGAAUUCCUUGAAUCGACACUCGGUUCACAAUUUGAGGGUGACCGUAAAUUCAUUGAAGUGUUCGCUGAUUCCAUCCGUGGGAAGUUCUUUGAUAAGAUUAUAAAAGACUGUAUUCAAAAGAAGCUGCCUUCAUGUAGCACUAGUUAUAAGGCUUAUACAGAGAUUGUUGAGGAGCUAGAUGUUUUCAACAAGUUCUUGAUUGACCUCAAAUUUGUGGACGCUGAUAAAUCGCCACUGAAUCAAUAUGUAAAUGAUACAGAAUGCGUAUUCUUUAAUAAGAAAUGUGAUAAGUUAUUGUCUGAUGUCCGUGAGCUUCUAAUGGAGAGCAUUCUGUGUUCUCCGAUUGAGGUAGGCUCUAUUACAUCUGCUGAGAACGAGUCUAUUUUAGAUGUGACAGAUAAAGAUAGUUUGUGGGACCUAAACAAGCCUCUAUUUCUGCCAAAAUGUGUGAUCUCACAGAAUGUGAGAAAGAUAAUGGCUCUUAUUGUGGACCAUUUGGAGGAAAGCGUGAAAUUACCUGAGAAAUACAGGCAAAAACUUGCAAUGUACAUAAAAGACGUUGCUGUUAUGUACCAAUGUAUCGUCCCACAGAACUGUGAGACCUAUUUAGAAAACAGUCCUUUAGAAAUUGGUGAGUAAAAAUUAUAUUAACUACUAAAGCUAUGACUUGAUAUGAUCUUCAUUCAACACAACAUUCCUGCUUCCACAGCACUAUUCUUCAACAACUGCUUCUACCUCGCGCACGGUUUACUCGGGCCGCCAUGGAAGGCCUCGCUUCCGGAGCCCCUGGCUGACCUACUGGCUACCCUGCUGCUGGACAGCAUCCAGGAUUUGAGGAUAUUGGCACUGGAAAAAAUGUCCAUGUACCUCCAGAAACAGAAGAAUAAAAUUGUGGAGACAGUGGAGUGUAGGGACGUGCAACCCUGGAGCCAAGACCGCUACGAGCAGUUCGAUACAGCAGUCAACGACGCCGUGCUCCUACUAAAAACCUUGAGGAACGCUUGGCAACACAUCCUGCCCCCUCGCAUGUAUGAGAAGUCUCUUUGCGCGUUGAUCCAGACGCUGUGCCAGUCGGUGUUGAUUAGAGUCUUUGCUGACACCAAACCUAUUUCUGAAGAGCUGGUUUACAUGAUGGCAGUUCGGCUUGAAGAAACUAUUAAGGAUAUUGAGGGACUGUUUGAGGAGCCAAUCCCCUUCGAGAGCAAGAUCGACGUCUGGAGCAAGUUCACCAAGCUGCCACAACUCCUCAAAGCCCAACUGCUAGAGUUAUCAUCUCUAUGGUCACGGGACACGGAGCUUCCUCUACGCUACUCCUGCGAGGAGAUACGCCAGCUCACGGCAUUCCUGAUCAUCGCGUUAGUGAUCGUCGUCAAUGCAGGACCAGGCGUGGCGAAUCAGCAUGACAGCCAACCCAAGUUUGACCAAAUCGCCGAGAAGACGAAUAAUAAAAACGCUUUAACAAUCAUAGACGGCCCAAAGUACGUAGCCAAGCCCGAACCGACUCAGCCACCAGUAAGGACCAACGGCCAUGAUCACAAACCGGAGCAGCGCCCUCCGAGCAAGCCGCCGAUUCAUCCCGAAAAACCACCGCAGAAAUACUAUGUCGACAUCUCUCGGCCUUACUACGGCCCCGUGCAGAAACAUCCCCCAUCCAGACCCCAAUACUCGCAACCGCUAAAACUAUAUCCACCACCGAACUCAAUUUACAACUACCCGAAAGUUAUCCCUCUACCACCACACCACAAGAAAACUUACUACACCAAACAACAGGCCCGACCCAUAAUCUAUAACAAACCACCGCCAAUUCCUCCAAACAACAAAACAGUGAUCGUAAAAAGUCCGAAAUUCAGUUUGCCAGUUCAAACCAUCACUGGAGUGCGAACGGACUUCGUUAAGCCGCCGAGACCCAACGUGACCACACCCACCACAGUUGGGACCACGACUACCACAAAGCGACCGCUCAGAACAAAGAGAAUCUGGCCGAAAAAAAUUCUCGAUAAAAUGAAUGCGACGUUAAAUAAAACAAAAUCGACUAAUGACACGACACCGACUAACAGAUCCGAUAUCACUGAACAUGACUCAUCUCCUAGCGCGAGCGUGACGAGGAUCCGAUACGUGUUUAAGAACGACACUUCCCCGACCACUGCUGCCCCGCGCCGCGUGUACCGUCCCGUCACCAGGAUUCCCAAAGUAAGGGCCACCACUCCCUUCUACAACUACACCACGUUCGAACCUAACGAUUGGAUACCCAUCGUCCCGCCACACUACUAUCGCGGCAGGAAGCCGAAACAGACCCCCAUAAGUAGACGAUCUGACGUCACCGGCCCCGAGCAAUCUCACUUGACUAAACGAAUGCUUUACUUACAAUCGUUUGGACUGAUCCCCGUGCAAAAUUUACAACAAAAUUUGCAGCAAAAUUUACAACAAAAUUUCCAGCAAAAUUCACAAUCUCAAGCGCCCGAAAUGUCGAGAAAAAAAAUGGUAUAUUUUAAGAAGAAGCGCCAAUUGAACCCUUAUUAUUCUGGUUACAGCGAGAAGCCAGGUGCGCAGCCGCACUUUGUGCAUGAGGACCUCCACGGGGAAGCGAGCCGCGUCCACGUGCACCAGCCGCGGGUCGUGACGAAGAUCAAGCAUCACCACCACCACCACCAUCACAGAUACAUCAAAACGGUUGAAAAACCGGUCAAAGUUCCGUACAAAGUGGAGGUGCCGAAGCCGUACGCGGUCGCGAUAGAGAAGAAGGUGCCGGUGCCCGUCGACAAGAUAAAGAUAGUGGAGAAGCCGGUGCCGUACGCCGUCACGGUGGAGAAGAAGGUGCCGGUCCCGAUCGCGAUCAAGGUGCCGCACCCGGUGCCCUACAAGGUCGUGGAGAAGGAGUACGUACCGAAGCCCUACCCGGUGGUGCAGCAGGUGCCGGUGCUCAAGCACGUGGAAGUGAAGGUGCCGCAGCCCGUGCCCGUGCCUGUGGAGAAACGCGUGCCCUACCCGGUGGAGGUCCGCGUGCCCGUCGACCGCCCCGUGCCCGUGCCCGUCCCCGUCGAAAAACAGGUGCCCUACCCCGUGCCCGUCAAAGUCUUCGUGCCCCAACCCUACCCAAUCGAAACCAAGGUCCCCUACCCCAUCCAAGUCCGGGUCAAGGAACCCUACGAAGUCGUCAAGCACGUGCCCUACAGAGUGCCCUAUCCCAAACCCUUCACGAUCAAGGUGCCCCAACCGAUCCCCUACACGGUCGAGAAGAAAGUUCCGUACCCGAUCGAAAUCGAGAAGAAGGUGCCCUACCCGGUCGAAGUUUUGGUCCCGCAGAAGGUGGAGGUGGAGAGAAAAGUACCGGUGUACAUUCCGAAACCUUAUCCGGUAGAGAAGAAAGUGCCUUAUCCGGUCAAAGUGCCGUAUCCCGUGAAGGUGCCGGUGCGAGUGCCGGUCGAGGUGCCCGUGUACGUCAAUCACCCGUCGUACUACCAGGAGCAACACGAGCACGACGAAUACGAUAGAAGCGCGGUCACGCCUCAUGGCAACGCCGCCUACGACUUCCACUCCCGAUCCGACAAAGAUGCAGCAGAAUCAGAAAACGUUACAGUCACCGUUACGACCACGCCGACGACAAUUAGCACCACGCCUAGCUCUUGAACAAUAUUUAUUGGAUUAUUGUUUUUGUAAAUACUUAUUCAGUAAUUUUUAAUAAGUGGCAGUUAGGAGUUACAGGACAAUAUUUAGUACCUUAUAGCAUAAUCUGUAAGUUAUUGACGUGUGAAUGUGUGGGAGUUGACCACGAAUCGAGUAAAUGAAUGAUACUGUGAUAA